AUGCCAAAAGCCGCCCUCAAACUUCCGGACUCCCACACCUGGACCAUACCCGUCGAGUACCCCGUUAUUGACCCGGUAGCCGACGAGUCUGUGCCUGUCAUAGACCUGCAAGACCCUGAUUCCGGAGAACUCGUGCGGGAAGCUUGCGAGAAAUGGGGGGUGUUCCAGGCCAUCAACCACGGUGUCCCAGCUGGCCUCCUCCGCCAGAUCGAGCGCCACGCGCGGCGGCUGUUCGCGUUGCCAGCUAGGCAGAAGCUCCGGGCCGUGCGGUCCCCGGAUGAGUUCACCGGGUACGGGGCUGCUCGCAUCGCCCAGUUCUUCCCCAAGCUCAUGUGGUCGGAGGGUUUUGCGGUGACCGGAUCGCCGGAGAGGCAUGCCCGACGACUUUGGCCGCAUGGCGGCCAUACCACAUUCUGGUACGUGUGUGUUCAUCUUGUCUGA